AUGCAAGUGCGGUUGCCCACCUCGUGCCAGUCGUUGUUGCUGCUGGGUCUGCACACGUCUUUCCAGCUAAUUAAUUGGAAAACUCGCCAGAGGACCAAUGUACAGAUGGUAUCAGAUGAAGAGGAAGAACUUUGGAAUGGAGUCGUUGGAGUCGUCUUUCUGACUCAACGGCACUUUCUGGUUCUGAAGACGCAUUCCCUUGAAGUCUGCACUUUGUUCGACGACUCUCAGAAGACCAAAUUACCCGUACAAAUGUCAGCCGUUGUCCACACUCACUUCUUCCCCAACACGACCUUUGGCGGCGUAUCAUUCUCCCGUCCUAUCAUUCAACCACCUUCUCCAGCAGACACGGGGGGAGACGAAAUAACCCAGGCUUCUCUCUCCUUCCUCGCAUACGAUGUUCUGCGUGGCUUGUUCCACUGUCACGUUGAUAUUACCAUACCAACACCGUCAGGAACACACAAGGCUUCCCCUCCUUUGGAAGUCCAGGUCCACCUUCUCGCUGCGCACAAUAUGGCCACUCCAUUCCCGCGGAGCGGAUUCUCUAGAGGGGCGCGAGGCUUCGUGUUGUCGUGCGCACUGGGGCCGACUGGUCAGCGUGGAGUUUGGAUCGAGCGCAGGCGCGGCGAAGUGCGGCGAGUGGUGUACGGGUUUGCCGCGCCCGCUGUGCCGGAGGGAGACGAAGAAGUGGUGGGGGUGGCUCUAGCCGACGGUCCCAAUCCCGAGGGUAUUCAACCAGGAACCGCCAUCUCAGUCAUCAACUCUGAGCUGGGUCCUGAUGAUACUCAUUCGAGCUGGAUCAGCCCGCCUCCUCGCGCGAUCGAAGGGAAGGAGAUGUACGAGGUCAAUUCGUACGACCUGCGGGAUGACAUCACCCACAUCGCCCUAUCGGAGACAACCGGGAUCAUUGCACUCGGUACGCGCAAGGGAGAUAUUCGAGUCCUCGGGCCAGUCGGUAUCCUCGGGGUGCGGAGAAAUGGUGUAUAG